AUGACUUCACAGCAAGAAAUAGCGCAGAAACAAGCGUCCCAGAUGCGAAAGGGCGAUUGUCAAAUAGCGAUAAUUGGGGACGAAGAUUCUGUGACUGGAUUCCUCUUAGCUGGGAUUGGGUCUGUCGAUCGUCUGAGCACUCAACUUUUUCAUGUCGACACAGUUUGU